AUGAAGUACAUGACCGCUAGCGAGGUUCGAUCGACCUUCAUCAAUUUCUUCCGCGAAAAGAAGGAGCACACGUAUGUGCAUUCCUCCUCGGUGAUCCCCCACGAUGACCCGACCCUGCUCUUCGCCAAUGCCGGGAUGAACCAAUUCAAACCCCUCUUCCUGGGUGUAGCCGAUCCAUCUUCCGAUCUGGCCAAGUUGAAGCGCGCCGUCAACACGCAGAAGUGCAUCCGCGCCGGAGGAAAGCACAACGACCUCGACGAUGUCGGCAAGGACGUCUACCAUCACACCUUCUUCGAGAUGUUGGGUAACUGGUCCUUCGGAGAUUAUUUCAAGCGGGAGAUCAUCACUUGGGCCUGGGAGCUGCUGACGAAGGUGUAUGAAAUCCCGGCCGAUCGCCUCUACGUUUCAUACUUCGCCGGUGAUGUCGAAGCCGGAGUCGAGCCGGACAAUGAGGCAAAGGAGAUUUGGAUGAGCAUUGGAGUUCCCGAGAAUCGGAUUCUACCAUUCAAGGAGGACAACUUUUGGGAGAUGGGUGACGUUGGACCAUGCGGGCCCUGCUCGGAAAUCCAUUUUGAUAGGAUCGGAAACCGAGAUGCCUCCUCACUCGUGAACAUGGACGACCCGAUGGUGGUCGAGAUCUGGAAUUUGGUGUUCAUCCAGUACAACAGAGAGGAGGGUGGUGCGUUGAGGUCGCUUCCCGCCAAGCAUAUCGACUGCGGACUUGGGUUGGAAAGGCUGAUCGCUGUCAUGCAGGAGAAGACAAGCAACUACGAUACCGACGUCUUCACGCCGCUGUUCAGCGCCAUCCAGCAAGGCACCGGGGCUCGCCCGUACACCGGGCUUCUCGGGGAUGAGGACAAGGAUGGUGUGGACAUGGCCUAUCGUGUCGUCGCUGACCACAUCCGCACAUUGACGAUCGCCUUGUCCGAUGGAGGGCGUCCAGAUAAUACAGGACGAGGCUACGUCCUGCGCCGAAUUCUCCGCCGUGCCGUCCGCUACUCAAACGAGAAGCUUUCCGCCAAGCCCGGCUUCUUCGCCUCACUGGUUCCAGUUGUUGUCGACCUUUUGGGCGAGACUUUCCCGGAACUACGCCGUGACCCUCAGACCGUUAAAGAUAUCAUCAAUGACGAAGAGACGCAAUUCCUGAAGACGCUCUCUCGCGGUCGUGUGCUUUUCCAACGUGCCAUCGCUGCCCUGCCCGCCGGCCAAACCAAGUUCCCCGGAGAUGUCGCCUGGCGCCUCUACGAUACCUACGGAUUCCCCGCUGAUUUGACGCAGCUGAUGGCCGAGGAAAAGGGGCUGAAGGUGGACCAGGAGGAGUUCGAGCAGAAGCGCAAGGAGGCCAUCGAGGUGUCUUCUGCUGGUGCCGGCAAAGUGCGCGACACGCUCGAUUUGGACGUUCAUGCGAUCGCCGAACUCAACCAAAAGGGCGUUCCGAAAACCGACGACUCGCCAAAGUACGCCUACAAGGACGACGGAAAGAGCGACCUUUCAUCAGCUUAUUCCUUCGAGCCCUGCAACGGAAAAAUUUUGGCCAUCCGGAAAGACGGCGGCUUCGUGGAAAGCCUUUCGGCAGGCGACGAGGGUGCCCUGAUCUUGGACAGGACGUGCUUCUACGCUGAGCAAGGAGGACAAAUUUACGAUACCGGUGUUCUGACGAAGGCUGAUGGCUCCGAAUUCUCCGUCACAAAUUGCCAAGUGCGCGGCGGCUACGUCGUGCUGGUCGGACGGGUCGAAGGGGAGCUGAAGAUUGGGGACGAGUUGACGCAGCGACUUGACGAGGAACGCCGUUCCUUGAUCAUGAAGAACCACACGGGCACCCAUGUGCUGAACUUUGCUCUGCAGAAAGUGCUUGGUGAUGUCGACCAGAAAGGAUCGCUUGUCGCCCCUGAUCGAAUGCGCUUCGACUUUACCGCCAAGCAAGCAUUGACCGGCAAACAGGUCCUUGACGCCGAGAACCUGGCCCAAACUGUCAUCGACAAGCGCACGCCCGUCUACGCGAAAGAAGCUUCACUGGCCCAGGCCCAGCAAGUAAAUGGGCUGCGUGCUGUUUUCGGAGAGGCAUACCCUGAUCCCGUGCGCGUCGUAGCCGUUGGCGUGCCUGUCGAUGAGCUUCUCUCCGACCCAGCUGGCACCAAGGGAACGGAAACGCCCGUCGAGUUCUGCGGUGGAACCCAUCUUCACAACGUUGGCCACAUUGGCAGGCUGGUCAUCACCACGGAGGAGGCUAUUUCCAAGGGCGUCCGCAGAAUCAUCGCCGUCACGGGGCCUGAAGCGGAGCGUGCCAUCCAACGCGCCGACCGGAUGGAGACGCGCGUCUCAGAGCUGUCGGCAGCCGUGAAGAACGUUGGACCGUCGCUCUAUUCGAACAAGGCGGAAUUCCAGAAGAAGGGCAAGGAGGCCGUCGAGUUGUUGAAUGAAAUGAACGCGAUGCAACUGCCGAGCUGGCGCAAAGAAUCCAUCCGCGAGCACAUCAAGGCCGUGCAAAAGACGCUGGAUAAAUAUCAAAAGGAUGCGCAGAAGAUCCUCGAGGAUGCGGUCAUGGCCGAGGCCACCGCGCUGGUCACGGAUGCACAGCCCGAGGUUCUCGUGCACAUCUUCUCGCCCGGCGCCAACUCCAAGACGCUCGAUGGCGCCAUCAACAAGCUGCUCAAGGAAUCGAAGGCAGUGAUGGCCUUCUCGAUGACGGAGGACAACAAAAAGGUCACCGUUAUGGCCAAAGUCGAUAAGACAUUGAUCGCCAAGGGCCUCAAGGCCUCUGAGUGGGUCGGCGCCGUCUGUGACGUUCUCGGAGGGCGAGGAGGCGGCAAAGAAGCAAACGCUCAGGCUACCUGCGACCAGCCCGUGCAGAUCGAUGCCGCCGUCGAGCUGGCCCGCCAAUUCUCGGCCACAAAAAUCGCA